AGCGCGGUCCGAGCGUUCCACAGCCGCGCGCCGUCUCGCUCUUUGCUCCAGCCGCCCUCCCCUCCCCCGCCCGGCGCGGUCACCCGGGAAACCGGCCGCGAGAGCCCGAAGACCUGCAGCUGAUUUCAUGGCAUCCACGAAGAAAGCAGUUUUGGGGCCGUUGGUGGGGGCAGUGGACCAGGGUACCAGCUCGACACGCUUUUUGGUUUUCAAUUCAAAAACAGCCGAACUACUUAGUCAUCAUCAAGUGGAAAUAAAACAGGAGUUCCCAAGAGAAGGAUGGGUGGAACAAGACCCCAGGGAGAUUCUGCAGUCUGUCUAUGAGUGCAUCGAGAAGACAUGUGAGAAACUUGGACAGCUCAAUAUUGACAUUUCCAACAUAAAAGCUAUUGGUGUCAGCAACCAGAGGGAAACCACUGUAGUCUGGGACAAGUUGACUGGAGAGCCUCUCUACAAUGCUGUGGCCGCUCCGGUUUCUCCUGGCCCUUCCGUUCCAGUUGCCGUUGUUCCCCCUGGCUCCUCAGUUCCAGCUGCUGGUUCUUCCUCAGUGUGGCUUGAUCUAAGAACCCAGUCUACCGUUGAGAAUCUUAGUAAAAGAAUUCCAGGAAAUAAUAACUUUGUCAAGUCCAAGACAGGCCUUCCACUUAGCACUUACUUCAGUGCAGUGAAACUUCGCUGGCUCCUCGAUAAUGUGAGAAAAGUCCAAAAGGCUGUUGAAGAAAAUAGAGCUCUUUUUGGGACUAUUGAUUCAUGGCUUAUUUGGAGUUUAACAGGAGGAGUCAGUGGAGGGGUUCACUGCACGGAUGUAACAAAUGCAAGCAGGACAAUGCUUUUCAACAUUCAUUCUUUGGAAUGGGAUAAAGAGCUCUGCGAAUUUUUUGGUAUUCCAAUGGAAAUUCUUCCCAAUGUCCGGAGUUCGUCUGAGAUCUAUGGCUUAAUGAAAAUCUCUCAUAGCCUGAAAGCUGGGGCCUUGGAAGGUGUGCCGAUAUCUGGGUGUUUGGGGGACCAGUCCGCUGCUUUGGUGGGACAAAUGUGCUUCCAGGAUGGACAAGCCAAAAACACGUAUGGAACAGGAUGUUUCCUACUCUGCAAUACAGGACGUAAGUGUGUAUUUUCUGAACAUGGCCUUCUAACCACAGUGGCUUACAAACUUGGCAGAGACAAACCAGUAUAUUAUGCAUUAGAGGGUUCUGUAGCUAUAGCUGGUGCUGUUAUACGCUGGCUAAGAGACAAUCUUGGAAUUAUUAAGACCUCAGAGGAAAUAGAAAAACUUGCUAAGGAAGUUGGUACUUCUUAUGGCUGCUACUUUGUCCCAGCGUUUUCAGGAUUAUAUGCACCUUAUUGGGAGCCUAGUGCACGAGGGAUAAUCUGUGGACUUACUCAAUUCACCAAUAAAUGCCAUAUUGCUUUUGCUGCAUUAGAAGCUGUUUGUUUCCAAACCCGAGAGAUUUUGGAUGCUAUGAAUCGUGACUGUGGAAUUCCACUCAGUCAUUUGCAGGUAGAUGGAGGAAUGACCAGCAACAAAAUCCUGAUGCAGCUACAAGCAGACAUUCUAUAUAUUCCAGUAGUGAAGCCCUCCAUGCCAGAAACCACUGCACUGGGUGCCGCCAUGGCAGCAGGGGCUGCGGAAGGAGUUGGUGUUUGGAGCCUCGAGCCUGAAGAUUUGUCAGCGGUCACAAUGGAACGGUUUGAACCUCAGAUCAAUGCUGAGGAAAGUGAAAUUCGUUAUUCUACGUGGAAGAAAGCUGUGAUGAAAUCAGUGGGUUGGGUUACAACUCAGUCUCCUGAAAGUGGUGACCCUAGUAUCUUCUGUAGUCUGCCUUUGGGGUUUUUUAUAGUGAGUAGCAUGGUAAUGUUAAUCGGAGCAAGGUACAUCUCAGGUAUCCCGUAAAUAAUACCAACUCAUGGAUUCCCAAGAUGCGAGCUUUAUCCAUAAAGAGAGAAUCCUACAAUUGUAUCUCUUAAUGCUGCGACACCAUUCAUAGACUCUGAUUUUCUGUGUAAGCCACUUGCUGCAUGAUCCUCCCAGUAGAUCUGUGGCUUGAAAUAAAGAAAAUGGCAACAGAAAGAAUGCUAUGGAAACACUUGAUUUGUUUUUUAACAUUGACACUUAACAUUGGGCUGGCUACCUUUGGGGCUGACGCCCUCCAUUGUCAUAACCUCCUGCCCUGUUUCCUCUGAAGCCUAGGAAGGAUUCAGACCCUAUCCAUUGAAAUCUUCCACCAAAUGUAUUCAGAUGCUAAUAGACCUGGAUCUGAUUCUCAGCACUAUGCACACCUGAUUGAGGAGUUGCUGCAAAGCUCCUGACUUUCUGUUUUUAACCAAUCCCUCAAAGUCUUCUUUUCUACAUGCUACAAAGUCACAACACCUUCACCCAAUGUUUAAAUGGAAACUUCUACUAAAUUAUUAAGAUGACUACUUAGUAUUCUCAUAGUUUGGAUAUUUUUCUCAAAAAUGUUUGCCAAAACUGCCAUUCUUCAGGCAUUUUACAUUGUCUCCCUAAUUAUAAUUAUAAUGACGAUUGUCUGGAUCUCAUAGGGAAGAACACUUUUUUUUUCUUUUUCCAUCUCCUGUUUAUAUUUUUUACUUUGUACGUAUAACAUACAUGCCUAUGUAUUUUAUAUACUGAGAGUAGCCCAUUUAUAAAUUAAGAGCACAUUGUAUUCAGUAGGUUUAUAACAGGGCUGGUCUUUAGCAGACUACUAUGUAUAUAAAUAUUUCGGGGGGGGGAAGAGCUGUACACAUUUUGGGGCAACGGUUAUGCAUACUAUUUACAGGGAGAAAAUUUUUAUUAAAGAGCCAACACAUAAAAUUGAAGUCCUAUAUGUUCUAUUUCAAUAAAGGAAAAUGUACUUUAUUAUGACUUCAACUAUAUUUCUUAUAUUCUUUUUAUUUAAUUGUCUAGUUGAAUGUAUGCUUGAAAAAGAACAAAAACUGUGGAAUACUCCAGUAAAUACUGUUAUGAAACAGAAGUAUUAGUCCAAAUAAAAUGAUUUUUCUUUGGCGUUCAGUUUUUACAUAUGUGGGAUUCUUUUGAGGAAUUGAGGGAAUAUCAAAAAAGUUUAAAAGCUAAGUAACAAAAAAUUUAGGAAUGAAGCCAAGAAUCUGUUUUAAUCUAAAUGUUAUUAACUGUUAAUGAAAAAUUAUAAUUUGUAUAGGGGAUAAGAGAAUUACUUCUGCUUAAUGUCAUCUUGCAACUGAAAAGAUUUACCAUUGGAAAUGUCUUUGAGUGCACCUACGCAUUUCUCAAAAUACUUAGUAUAUGUUCCAAGAAUUUUCCUAAUCUAACUUGUUAACAUCAUUGUUUUAAUGUCUUAAAAUGAAUUUGUUUAGUAGCAAAUAAGAAAAUAUUGCUUCCUAUUUUUUUCUAUCAGUGCUGAGUGAGAAAAUAUUUAUGUGAAUAUAAAAGUUUUAUUUUGCUUGGAAUUAAUGAUAGCUUGCUUUAUUUACUGUUCUGAUUAUGCUGUUUCUAAAUUAUUGAAUCUGCUGGCUUUAUUGAUACAGCUGCCACUUACGUGACACAUACAAAAAGGUACUGUGAAGUUAACACUUUGUGCCAGGGGUACUUUUAAUGUAGUUACGAUUUUACUUAGGUAGGUUGAGUUCAUUGUAAAUAAUUGUGCAAAUCACUGUUCAGAUAAUUUUAAGAUCACAUUAAUUUUUCUAUAAAUUACAAGAUUUAUAAAUGUUUGAAAUUGUAUACAUUGAUAUUUAAUGAUAAACUUACAAUAAAUUGACCCCUUAUUCUUA